AUGAGCAGUGAGGUGACCAAGGUGCUGACCAAUGCCAUGAACAACGUGUUGACCAAUGUGCUGACCAGAGUGGUGACCAAUGUGCUGACCAAUGUGCUGACCAAUGCCAUGAACAACGUGUUGACCAAAGUGCUGACCAAUGCCAUGAACAACGUGUUGACCAAUGUGCUGACCAGAGUGGUGACCAAUGUGCUGACCAAUGUGCUGACCAAUGCCAUGAACAACGUGUUGACCAAAGUGCUGACCAACGUGAUGACCAACGUGGUGACCAAAGUGCUGACCAACGUGGUGACCAAAGUGGUGACCUAA